UGUCCUCAGAUUAAUACUAAUAAAAUUCAAUAUAUAUCUUUGUUGCCAUAGGAUUUUACCAACCGUAGCACCAAUUUCUCUAUUUGCAAUUUGAGGCAAACAUGUUUCACAGUCAUCCUACGUCGAUAUUUUGUAUAAUUGCUACAGAAUUUUGUGAAAGAUUUUCAUUUUGUGGCCUCAGAACUAUAUUGUCCCUGUACCUAAGAAAUGUGCUAUGUUUGCACGAAAACGCGGCAACGGUGGUGUACCACAUAUUCAUAAUGCUGUGCUACACCAUGCCUCUGAUGGGGGCCAUCCUGGCCGACAACUUUAUUGGACGAUAUAAGGUCAUAUUAUAUUUCUCGAUAAUUUAUCUGUUCGGUACCAUAUUGACUUGCUGCUCUGCUAUACCGCCUCUUAUGCUACCGCCUACGACCACUUCGAUGAUUGGUUUGGCGUUGAUUGCUACUGGGACUGGAGGCAUCAAGCCUUGUGUUGCGGCAUUUGGGGGCGACCAGUUUCGCCUCCCAGAGGAGAAUCAGAGACUGCAGAGGUUCUUCUCCACUUUCUACUGCACAGUGAACCUGGGCGGGUUCAUGGGCAUGAUCGUGACGCCUGCGCUGCGCAGGAGCGUCAUGUGCUUCGGCGACGACGCGUGCUACGCGCUGGGCUUCGGCUUCCCGGCGCUGCUGGUGCUCAUAUCCAUUGUGAACCUGGGCGGGUUCAUGGGCAUGAUCGUGAAGCCUGCGCUACGCAGGAGCGUCAUGUGCUUCGGCGACGACGCGUGCUACGCGCUGGGCUUCGGCUUCCCGGCGCUGCUGGUGCUCAUAUCCAUUGUGAACCUGGGCGGGUUCAUGGUCAUGAUCGUGACGCCUGCGCUGCGCAGGAGCGUCAUGUGCUUCGGCGACGACGCGUGCUACGCGCUGGGCUUCGGCUUCCCGGCGCUGCUGGUGCUCAUAUCCAUUGGUUAG